AUGUCUGUCUUGAGCAAUAUGAUCGCUUCGGGCGCAUUCGUCGUGUCGACCAGAAAGUCAUCGCGUGUCGCGUGUACGUUCUCCGGUGUCAGUGGUGGUAUCAGGCGUGGUGGUCUGCCAAGGUUAGAUGGAAGUCCUAAGUUCGACGCCCAACUGUUUGGGUCCGGACCGAAAGUAGGCAAACGGCACCACGAUACGAGGAACAGCUUGUUGUCGACCGAAAGUGCUGGAGGAGAUGAAGAAAUCGAAGAUGAUGAGUCCAGUUCUUGGUUGGACAAUGCGGAAGAGAGUUUCACCGCAUGCAAUGAUGCUGAUUUCGACGUCGAAUCUGAGAUAGAUCUCAGUGCAGAGAGAUUGUUGGCUGUAUUGGCGGAGGUAAGUCCUGGUGGCACACACAAAGACAAGGGAAAAGGCAAAGUCACAGCUGAGGCUGAGAUCGAGGGGAAUGAUAACGUCGAUAACGAGUGGCCGGAAGAAUGGGAUCCAUGA